AUGGGGACCAUCAACUUCGAUAUCAACGAUGCGCUCAAGCACUACAUGUCAGAUCCUGCCACGAUUCCUACGCCGGAAGCAGAUGCCGCUCUAUUCGAUUGCGAGAAUGACCCGGAGGCGCUCACCAACCAGGUGAUCAAUCCUGUGUUGAAUCCCAUCAUCGACGCGGUUGCCGAUAACCCAGACGCCAUCCUGCGGGCUGUCAACAUCGAUUCAUUACAAUUUCUGCUCAAAUAUACCCCCUAUAUACCAGCUCACAUCCUAAGCAAGGUGUUCGACUUGGUAAUGAGUGGACUGAGUGCAGAGGCCGAUGUGGUACACAACGACAUCGAAUCGCCGGAAGAGCAAGAAUCCGUGGCGCAUCACAAGCAACUACUGGAACUAUACGGAUUUCUUAUUCAGUGGACCAUUGCCGCCGUGGAAACCAAAGCAGCCGAAAAGUCAUCUGCAGCGCCAGCCGCGAGAGGGCGAGGGAAGCCGAAGAAGGCAUCACAAAGAGAUGACGCAUGGGAUUCAGCAUCACAGCUGCAAGUCGCACUGGAGAUUAUGUGCAAAACCCUCAAAUUGAAAUUGUCCAAAAUCUUCAUGACAACGAGCGAAAGGGACACCUUCAUCGGUCUGCUCACCCGACCGGUCUAUAUGAUUCUAGAAAAUGAGCAACGUGUCAAGACGACAACCAUCAGGAUGCACUGCUUCAAAGUGUUGUGCAUAGCGGUCAAGCAUCACGGCCAUGGCUAUGCCGCGCAAGUCAACAUCAUCCAGAACUUGACGUACUUUGAGCAUUUGUCCGAACCGAUGGCAGAGUUCCUCCACAUUCUGGCCGAAACUUACGACUAUCCACAGCUAACCGACGAAGUCUUGCGCGAGAUAAGUAACAAGGAAUUCAACGCCAACGAUACCAGAGGACCAAAGUCAGUCUCUGCAUUCAUCGCCAAGUUAUCGGAGCUUGCUCCAAGGCUGGUGAUUAAGCAGAUGACAAUGCUGGCUAAGCAGCUAGAUAGCGAGUCAUAUACUCUGCGAUGCUCUUUGAUCGAAGUGUGCGGUAACAUGAUUGCCUACCUGAGCAGGCAAGACGAGCGAAGCGAUAACCACAAGUCCCAGCUUAAUGCCUUCUUUGACGUCCUUGAGGAGCGCUUCCUUGACAUUAACCCAUACGCAAGAUGCCGUACCCUCCAGGUAUAUGGGAGGCUUUGCGAGCUUGAGCAAAAGUUUCCCAAGCGGCGACAAAAGGCUGCCGAGCUUGCCUGCAGAAGUCUUGAAGACAAGAGCAGCAAUGUGAGGCGCAACGCGAUCAAGCUCCUGGGAACCCUUAUCAAGACUCACCCAUUCACUGUCAUGCACGGCGCUCAACUCUCGCGAAAGGAAUGGCAAGCUCGUUACGACAAGGUUGAAGAGGAGCUCAAUGCACUGAAGCCUCCUCCCGACAUUGCCGGCUUGGCGGAUGCUACAGUCGACAACAGCCUUCUCGAUGAGGCUACUCAAGUAGCUUCGCCAGAAAAGCCCCGGGAAAUGACGGAUCAGGAGAAGUUUGAGGCGGUCCAAAAGGCACGAGAAGAAGCGGCUACGAGUGAGGCGAUUGAAAAGCUCACUCUCACCAAACGAUAUUACAACGAGGCCAUCAAAUUCAUUGACGUCUUGCACAAUGCAACUGGGAUCAUCUGCCAGCUUCUUGGAUCUCGAAACAAGAGCGAGGUCAUCGAAGCCAUUGAUUAUUUCGAAAUCGGCGACGCCUACAACAUUGAACAGAACAAAGUCGGUAUUCGCCGUAUGCUACGAUUGAUCUGGACCAAGGGCAACAGCGACGAGGGCAAAGGCGUGCAAACUCAUCUCAUCGAGUGCUACAAGAGACUGUUCUUUGAAGCGCCAGACUCGUUCAGCCCGAACGAUGCGGCCAACUACAUUGCGCGCAACAUGAUCAGCUUGACGUUUGGGGCUACCCCUGCUGAACUUACUUCACUAGAGCAGCUGCUUGCCACCAUGAUGAAGAGUGGUGCGAUUCACGAAAUCGUUGUCGCCAAGCUGUGGCAGGUGUAUGGCGUCCAGAAACGAGAAAUCUCCAAGACUCAGAGACGAGGUGCCAUCAUCGUGCUGGGUAUGCUUGCAACCGCUAUCCCUGAGAUAGCCGUUGGUGAGAUCGAGACUAUGCUGCGGACUGGUCUGGGAGCCCAUGGGCGGAACGAUUUGCAGUUGGCAAAGUAUACCUGCAUUGCUCUAAGACGAAUCAACCCCACGGGAAGGCAGGCCAAGGAAUCAAACUCCAAGUUUGCGCGACUUCCAAAUGACCAUGCGGUCUGCUCAAGGCUAGCAGCCAUAACCGACAUACCUUCGGACACCAAGGAAUGGUAUGGCGUUGCGGAACAGGCCAUCAACGCAAUAUACGCUCUCUCGAAGCAUCCUGAUAUUCUUUGCUCAUCUAUCAUCCGGCGAAAGGCCAAGGGCGUUUUUAGCCGUCCUAGUUCAAGACCAACGUCGCGGGAUGAGAACAUGACACCACCUGACAUGGUGGACCUGACCUCUGAGAACCCUCUCCUCUUCAUUGUCGGCCACGUGGCUAUCAAACAAAUCGUACAUCUCGAGCUCUGCGAAUUGGAUUUCAAGCGCAGAAAGCAGGAGAAGGAAAAGGAGAAGCCGGCAAAGGCGGACAAAGACAAGGAGGACGCAGACGAGCUGGAUCUCAUCGGCGGCACCACUGAGGAUGAUUUCACAGAGGCCAUGGCGCACAUCCGGGAGCGCGAGCUUCUGUACGGGCCGACUUCGCUGCUUGCAACGUUUGGGCCCCUUGUGUCGGAGAUUUGUGCAAACAACACCACAUAUGCAGACAAGGGGCUACAGGCGGCAGCAACGUUGUGCCUUGCAAAGCUCAUGUGCGUGUCGUCUGAGUACUGCGAGACAAAUCUUCCCCUUCUCAUCACAAUCAUGGAGCGGUCCCCCGAUGCUACGGUCCGAUCAAAUGCCGUCAUUGCACUGGGCGACAUGGCCGUUUGUUUCAACCAUCUGAUAGACGAAAACACAGACUUUUUGUAUAGACGACUUGCAGAUACGGACGUGUCAGUGAAGCGGACCUGCUUAAUGACGCUGACAUUCUUGAUUUUGGCCGGUCAGGUCAAGGUCAAGGGGCAGCUGGGCGAGAUGGCCAAAUGCAUGGAGGAUGAGGACAGGCGAAUUGCCGACCUCGCAAAAAUUUUGCUUAGCGCCGGUAAUAUGGAGGAGGAGAGCUUCAAGCGUAUCAUCCGCUUCCUCCUUGGAUUUGUUGAAAAGGACAAACACGCCAAGCAGCUGUCGGAAAAGCUCGCUGCCAGACUUGCCCGCUGCGAGACGGAGCGGCAAUGGAACGACGUCGCGUUUGCCUUGGGCUUGCUGCAACACAAGAACGAGGAGAUUACAAAAUUGGUUUCGGAGGGUUUCAAGGUGGUGCAAGCUGCCGCUUGA